CCCUCCGGCUCCGUGAACGCAACCUCUACCACCAUGGCGAUGGCCAUAGGACGCCGACGAAAUCUUACUCUUUGCUACAAGCUCGCCGGUGUUGCCCUGCUGAUUGCGUUCCUCCACUCGCCGCACGCGGAAGCGCAGCCGCUGCCGUGGCAGAUCUGCAACGCCACCGCCGGCAACUACACGGAGGGGAGCACUUACCAGGACAACGUACGUUUCCUUGCCAGGACCCUCCCCGGCAACGCCUCCUCCUCCCCCGCGUUCUUCGCCAAGGACGUCGCCGGCGGCGCGCCGGACAGGGUGUACGCCCUCGCGCUCUGCCGCGGCGACACCAACGCCUCCUCCUGCGCCGCCUGCGUCUCCAACGCCUUCGACAGCGCGCAGCAGCUCUGCGCGUUUAACAAGCGCGCCACCAUGUUCGACGACCCCUGCAUCCUCCGCUUCUCCGACCAGGACAUCCUCGCCAACGUCACCGACAACCGGGGGAUGUUCGUCGCCUGGAACUACAACAACGUCAGCUCGGGGAGGGUGAAGGUGUUCGACUCCGCCUCUGGUCAGAGUGUCAACGCCUCCGGCGACUACGUGUCGGCCGUGUUCGACGCCUUCUCCGGCAUGCUCGUCAACGCCACCGCCGAGCAUGCGGCGGAGGAUCCAGCCAGGCGGUUCGGCACGGGGGAGAUGGGGUUCGACGUCUUCAACGUGCCUUACAAGAAGAUUUUCUCGCUGGCUCAGUGCACGCCGGACAUGUCGGCAGCCGACUGCCGGAGCUGCCUCGGGGACAUAAUUAGAAGGAUGACACCCAAGUAUUUCGUCGGGAAGCCGGGCGGGAGAGUGUUCGGCGUGCGGUGCAACUUCCGGUUUGAGGCGUAUUCCUUCUUCUCUGGGCGACCGCAGUUGCAGUUGUCGGGGCUGCCGCCUGCGCCACCUGGGCUGCCUGCGUCACCGGAGCCGCCGCCGCCCGCGCCACCGGGACCACCGCCGCCCGCACCAUCGGGGACCAGACAAGAAGGAAUCUAUCCGUAUGCUAAGGACUGUCUCCCUCCGUACUUGUUCUUCACCAAACUCCAGCGAUGAUGUGGGGCAACCAUCGGAGACAUAGGACCGGGAAUUGAAAAAUGAAUUUUUUUUUUGUGUGGAUCUCUGAGAGUUCAGCCAAUUCCCGUUCCUAUGGUGUUGUGUUUAUUUAGUGAGUGAUUGGAUCUAGGAUUUUUUAAUCCCUUAUCAUAUCGGAUG